CCACCUCCCUGGGUAGGGGGGUAUGCCUCAACUGUACUGGCAAUACAAUCGGUGAUGAUUGUGGGAGCCUGUGCAGAGUUCUUUUACAAUCCUCCCGGUGUGCCUUUUGACACAGAGGAUAGCUGCAUUGAAUGUGGCUGUAAUGCAGUAGGAGCUGUUGAAGGGGCUUUCGACUGCGCUCGUGGUGACCGAAUAGAUGGGGGCGAUUCAGGGCAAUGCGCAUGCAGGGAUUUUGCCAGCAGGACGAACGUGCUCGGAAUGUGCCGACGGAUAUUUCAAUCUGUCGAUUGCAAAUCCCGAGGGUUGUCAGAGCUGUGAUUGUAAUGUAUUGGGGACAGUGGGAGGGAGUGAGGUCUGUGAUAAGGAGAUCGGGGCAGUGUCCGUGUAAGACAAACGUCGAGAGGAGAGACUGUUCCAGGUGUAGCCCACAGCACUACGGACUGGGAGAGGGAGAAGGAGACGUUGGAUGCCUGGAGUGUGACCCUGAAUGCAACGAAUGCACAGGAGCUGGGCCACAGAGCUGUGUGGCAUGUAUCAACUAUCUCGAUCUUGAUGGCACAACGUGUGUCUCAGACUGUCCCGUCAGCAGCUAUCCGGACGUGUCUUCUUCUUGUACGCCCUGCAAUAACUCUUGCCUCAGGUUUUCCGCAGAAACUUACACUGCUUUCCCGAGAGAGGACGCCCCUAUCAAUUUCACGCUAGUGGAAGUUGCAAGCGUCUGACAGAAGGUUGAUUGAGAGACCGAUACACUUUGCAAUAGUGGCCGGAAACUCUGACCAACUUUUUCGAAUCGAUACAACUAGUGGCGCUAUAACUGUUGCAGGGCAGCUUGACAGGGAGACUCGACAAAUCCACACACUGACUGUAAUUGCAUUUGAUUCAGGGACCAACCCAAUAUCAACGGAGAGCACCCAAGCAACUGUGAAUAUUCUAGUCGGCGAUGUCAACGACAAUCAGCCCAUUUUUGAGCAAGACAGUUACACUGUCUCAGUAGCUGAGA